ACUUCAUUUAAACGCGUUGCAGAGUUGAUCGCCAACUCGAACUUAGUGGCAUUUAUAAUUUCUAUAAGGGCUGUCUUAUACAUUGUGCUGUUGUCUUUAUAAGACUAGAAUCCUAGUAUUGUGAAAGGGUUUAUCAUUUAGUUCAUUUAAACAUAAAAAUGCCAGCCGCACCAAGUUCUACAUCGGUGGGAUCAGGAAGUCGUUCUCCGAGCAAGGCAAGUGCAGCUCCUCGAUCUUCUAGUGGUGGUACCGUCAGACAACGUAAGUCAACUACUACCACUACAGCGGCCAGAAAUCGUACCACUGGCGCUGGAUCAGGUGGAAUGUGGCGUUUCUAUACAGAUGAUUCUCCUGGCGUCAAAGUGGGUCCAGUUCCAGUAUUGGUUAUGUCUUUGUUGUUCAUUGCAUCCGUAUUUAUGUUGCAUAUUUGGGGUAAAUACACAAGAGCUUAAAUAAGCUGUGUUGAUAUUAUAUACUUAAUAAAUAAUUAAUUAUAAUUCUAUGAUAAGAGAGUGAAAGAAUAUGUUAUGAGAAGUGCUUUUAUUAUACAUGAAAGUAUCUAGAUUUAAAUUUGAAUAAAUUAUUUUGUUCUUUAUAAUAAAUUUUAAGUAUUUCAA